AUAAAGUGGUUCGUAGAAAGCUGAAACUAUUUCCGCUUGAAUGCAGACAGUCGAACGAACUCGUUUUUCCUGUGCUAAAUUUACACUCAACGAGUCACUUAUCAUAACGUGUAGUAAGCCCAUGAAUAUUUAUUGAAUCAUCAUUUCGCAAAGCGUAUCAGAUAAUCGACAUCCAGAUAAGCAGUUCUCUGUGACUGAACUCUUUGACUCUAUUUCAGUAUUGUGCGAACCGUGAGUGAAUCGCGUUCUCAAAAACAACGGAUUACGAAAUCUCAUAGUCUCAUCAACAUCACGUAGUAAAAGCAACCACAGAGUCUCAACUGGUCUCAUUUCAUUUACAGUUUACUAUAAGUAGCUCAUUUUACUCUAACAAUAAUAUUUACGAGGUCGAAAAUCUCGAAAAGAAACAGCUGCACUUUAUUAAAAACUUUGGAGAAAUUCAUUCAGGAAAGAGAAAGUAGCAUUAUGUAUCCUAACCAAGGAGGAAGUCCAUAUCCACCUGCAGGAGGAGGAGGAAGUCCAUAUCCGGCUGCUGGGGGUGGCCUGCCCCCCAUGGGAUUCGCCAUGCCAUCGCCUUCAGCUCCACCACCAGCAGCACCAUCGGGAUAUCCAGGAGCGGCCCCCUCUUAUCCGUCUGCCCCACAAGGAGGAGCUUAUCCGUCCGCCCCACAAGGAGGUUCUUAUCCGGACAUUGGAGGAGGAGGUUACCCACUGCCACCGAAUUCAACACAACAAUAUCCUGCGCCACCAUAUCAACAGCCGGGUGCUUAUAAUGCUCCACAACAGCCUUAUCAACAACCAGGUGGGGGUGCUUACCCACAGCAGCCUUAUCCAGGACAACAACCAGGUGGAUAUAAUCAGCAGCCGUACCCUGGACCUGAUGCUUAUCCGCAAUAUCCUCAACAGCAAAGUGGUGGGCAUGGUGGGUCCGGUGGAAUUCUAGGAAAAGUUGGACCCAUGCUUGCUGGAGGACUGGCAGGAACUGCGUUGGGGGGAAUGGCUAACAAAUUAAUAGGUGGCAAACAUGGAGGUCAUGGAGGAGGAAGCCACGGAUAUGGUGGUCAUAGUGGAGGUGGAAUGGGUGGGGGAGGAGGCAUGAUGGGUGGUAUUUUAGGAGGUGCUGCAGCGCUGGGCGCAGGCGGUCUUUUAUCGAAAAAGGCAGCCAAGAAGCAAAACAAGCUGAUGAAAUAUGGCAUUCCUCUCGCUGCAGGAGGCGCAGGUGCCUAUGUUCUCUCAAAGGGGAUGAAAAAGCACAAAUUCAAGGGUCACGGACACGGAGGAUCUUCCAGUAGUAGUUCCAGUUCGGAUUCUGAUUAAGCUGAAUCGAAUUGCAUUUACAUGACCCGAAUUAUAUUAGAAUCAGAGAUAUUGAAGUGUUCAAUAACCAAAAGUUGUGGUGUACCUGAAAUUUAAAGUUGUACUGGAACUUGCCUAAACUUGUACAAGAUACAGUAUUCGUCCAUGAACUAAUUUAGAGAAAUGCAUUUUAUGAAAGUAAUAACCAUUACUUUACUCGAGAGAAUUAUAUAAUAACUCAAAUAGUUUAACUAUUCUAGUACUUUAAUACAUAAGCUUUAUUAAGGUUUCUUUAAAGAUAAAAACAGUUUGUUUUUGUUAAUUAACAAAGCAAAUGUA